AUGAUUGUGGGUAGGACUUUCGUCAGGAGUGUAAGGUAAGAUGAGACCCUAAUUUAUGCAAUUUCUUUAGUACGGAGAGUGCCGUAUUGGUCGGGCCUGCAGUUCGUUUACUUCUUCAUGACUAUGGAAUUAGUUUGAACAGCCUGAAGGCAACUGGUCCGCGGGGAAAUGUUUUGAAGAGGUAAGUGUAAUGUAUUUAUUUUUUAUUUUGGUCAGUGACGUUCUGGAUCACAUUCGUCUGGCUAAUCUGCAGCCCAUCAAGCAAGAAGUCCCAUUGCCUUUGCUGAACCCUGAUCCUCUGUUAACUGAGACUACUAGUAUUAAGCACAUCAAACCGUCGGAAUCCGAAUUUUUUUCGAAAAGAAGACACCGGAGGACAGCUCAAUUUGAAGAUAUCCCCUUGUCAGGCAUGCGGUCAACUAUUGCCAGAAGAUUAACCCACGCGAAGGUUUGUAGUCCAAGCUUUUGUUUAUUGGUUUAGUGCUCUGUGCCCCACAAUUACACUUCUCUAAAUGUUCGAGCCGAAAAUCUGGCUACUUUCCGAAAGAAAUUGUCAAAUCAGGGCAUCAAAGUCUCAGUAAAUGACUUCAUUGUGAAGGCCGCUGCCCUUUCAUUGAGGUCGGUACCCGAGAUAAAUGUCCAAUGGGUUGAGAAUGAUAUUCGAAGGGUUGCAGAGGUAGAUGUUUCAGUGGCAGUUGCCACCCCGACUGGUCUCAUUACACCAAUUGUUUUCCGUGCAGAUCAAUUGCCGGUGAACAAGAUCUCUCAUGUUAUACGAGAACUAGCGGUGCGUGCUAAAGACAACAAAUUGAAGCCUCAGGAAUUUCAAGGUGGAUCCUUUACGUAAGCCAUAUAUUCCUUUUCUUACAUUUGGUUUAGAGUUUCGAACCUUGGAAUGUUUGGAAUUCACACGUUUACGGCUAUCAUAAAUCCUCCCCAAACCGCUAUUUUAGCCGUUGGUGGAACUCAUUCUCAAGUUGAUACCGAGCUCAACACAACAGAGCACUUUACAUUGACCUUAUGCUAUGAUAAUCGCGCGAUUACCGAGAUUGAUGCUCAUCGAUUCCUGCAGAACAUGCAGCAGCUUCUGAAUCAUCCCGACGUUUCUUUGAGCGGAGGACUUGAUUUACCCGGUGACCAUCAUGAGUUGUAUUGA